CUCCUCCCCCGGAGCACCACCACCCUUCCCCCUCCCCUGCCGGCCCGCGACCCUGCUGGCACGUCGCCCCUCAGAGGGGGAGCGCCCCGCCAUGUCUCCCCCGAAGUAUCGUGUUGUUGACAAACCCGGCGCCAAGUCCUCAGCACCUGUGCCGCAAAAGAAACUUGGGCCCUCCUCGGGCGCGGCUCGGACCCCAGCAGCUGACAAGCUCGAGGCCCGUCGCCCGGGGGCAUCGGUCCCGGCGCCGGCCGGGACCGCCCGGCCGCCCCCAAAAAGCAAUGUUGCCCAGAUCCUCACUCAACCUGGGGGUUUGCUGGCGCUAAUGCAGAAGUACCUGUCUCCGGGCAAGACGACUGCCACGCGCCCCGCCCAGCCGGACCAGCUUUUCAGUCUGUCGCACCAGGUCGCGCUGUGGGACCGACCGAACAUCGCAGAGCACAUUGCUCCGGCCCUGGGCCUGACUCUGACCGCCGAGGGGGUCCGGCUGCGGGUCUUCCCCAUGAGUGAGGCCCUUACCCCGGCGCGAGCCCGCGAGGCAACCAUGCACCCGCAGGGGGGCAUCCCGCUGUCAUGGACGGACCCCAUGUGCACGGAGCUCCUGGACUGGAUUGAUCAGCAGCUCAUCCCUCCCACCCUGCUGGAGGAGUUCCCCGCGACCGGCGUCCAAGCUCCCGGGGCCGAUCAGCCCCCAGCCCCGGCCCUGCCCUUCUAUGAUGGGCACCUGUUUGCCCUGGUGGUGGAUUUCCGACCGGGCGGGCGAUCAUCGCUGACGGCCGGCCGGCCGGGCACCGCCGCCGCUGCCGCUGCCAGGCGCAUUCUCUUGCGCCCGCACCCGCUGACCGUUCGGCGUAUGGCGCUGGCACAUGCAGCGGCCGCCACGGCCACGGCCACGGCCACGGCCAUGCCGCCCACCGAGGCCGAGGUGCCGCUGGCCCUGGCGCAGGCGGCCGAGCAGCGCCUGUAUCUCGGCGAGUUGCCGGAUUUGCUUGGCGUGCCCACGCCGCCGGGCGUCACCGCCAUCCCCACCGCCGCCGCCGCCGCCGCCGCCGCCGCCGCCGCCAUCGCGCCCGCCGUUCCCCAGAUGACUCGCCUGUGUUUGGACCUGGACGACCGUGUCUUGGUGGAGACCAUCGGCGCACACAAUCGGGGGGUGAACCAUGCGCGCGAGGCCUCCCUGGCCCGCGUGCCCCUGGCCCCUGUGGUGGCGGCUCCCCCGCAGGCCCCCACAUCAGGGCCGGCCAGGGCCGCUCCCCCGCCGACAAUGGUCCCCGCGGUGCCCACUCCGCCGAAGGCCCCCCCGGGGGGCGGGUCCCUCUUGCUGGACUUCCUGGAGUCGCGCUCGCGCACGUCCACCGACCCCGGGGCCCACCCCUUGCAUCACUCGGAUCCCGUCGGCUCGCGAUCCUUCCCCUUUGGCUUGCCGCUGAAUUCGGUGUUGGCCUCGUGGUCGGCCACGCCGCCGGCUGACGGCCAACCCGAGUGGAAGCCGCUGCGCUUCUCCCUGCGCAAGUCGGUCAAGCUAUCGCAGCCCAACCGGGAGACAUCCCUGCAGCUGAAUGCCCACCGUCUGGAGGGGUCGGCUAGCUCGUCACAUGCGGUCGAAGUGUCGCUAUCCCGCUGCGCCAGCCGGGCGCCGGGGGCCGGCGCGGCUGUUCGGCCGACCCCGGUAUCUGGUCCGGCCGAGCCGCAUGGCUCCAACUCCCCGGUGUUGAUGUCCCUGCCGUCGGUCUUCCCGUGGGCCGGGGCGCGGCUGACCGGGCCGCCCACCGAGCCGGAGCAGCUGGUUCGCGCGUACUUCUGCUCGGCCGACGCGGUGAAGCAGGUCCUCGGGCAGCUGGUGCCCUCGGGGCAAGUGGCCCCGGUGGCCACGGUGUCACCGCUGGCGGCCGCCGGGUACAUGAUCAACAUGGAAGCCGGCCCGUCGGCCGAGGGGCCGGCCUCUCCACCGGGCUAUGCCUCGGCACAUGGCGGCCACGCGCAGAUGCCGCAAUCGCCACGGGCCCCGGCCGAGGGUCCGGAAGCGCCGGUCUCUCGGAAGGCCGUGCCGGGCCCGGCGCCCGCUCCCGCGCCUGCCCCAACGCCCACCCCCUCGGCUGGGGUCCCCAGUCGGCCCGGUGCCUCGGCACUCAAGUCGGCCGGCAAGCGUGGCGGAGCGGCCGUGGCGUCGGCCGCGCGGCCUGGCAAACCCCCGGCCCCUGGGACUGGCGCCGGGGGGAGCGCCAGCCGGCGUCCGGCUAAUCCCGCCACCGGGCGCUCUGCCUCCGGGUCCAACACCGCCUCGUCUACUCCCCAAGUUAGCCCAUCCAGCUCGGAAGCAGGUGCCCUGAGCACGGGCUCCACCGGCGGGGGGCCGACCCCCGCUACCACGCCCUCGCAGACCCCAUCGUCGGGGCUGCUGUCGGUGGCCGCUGCGCCGGUCGAGCGGACACCCCCGCCCCCGGGGGCCAAGCCUCGGACUGGCGUGCGGAAGAACCCCCCGGCGGCCGGCAGCAGCGACACGGCCGGUGACGAUGCCGGCACCGAGCCGGCUCCGGGCCGGACCGCCGCGGCCCCGGCCGGCUCCGGUGGCGUGAAGCGCCAACGUGUCAGCAAGAAGGCCGGCUCCGGGCCGACAAGUGCCGGGGGGGCCACCGCCUCCAAGACCGUUCCCACGGCCAAGGCAGCCCCCGCGUCCAAGACCGUGCCGGCGGCAUCCAAAACCGUGCCAGCCUCGAAGAGUGUGCCGGCGCGAAAGCCCCCGGCCGAGGAGACCGCCGCGCGGCCGGUGAAGGCCGCCACUGGGGCCCCGCGCGCCAAGGGCGCCGGUCGCGCCACAACCCCGGUCGCCGCCGGCACGGCGUCCUCACAAGCUGGCGCCCCGUCGCCCGGCCGGAAGACCGGCUCCCCCUCGAAGAGCGCGGCGGCCACAACCAAGGCCGCCACAGCCCGGGGUGCUGCCGGCGCCGGGGGCCGGGCCUCGGCGCCUGCCCGUGCCUCGGCCGCCAACCGGCCGCCCGGCGGGAGGAAAACCCAGGGCGCCGGGUCCAAGUGAGACCAUCCGCCCCGGCGGUGUGAUUCCUCACCCCCCUCCCCCCCCCCUGCAAGGCGGGGAGAAGAGUAAAAAAAAAAGACAACAAAUGCACCA